AGAACCUUGCCCUGAUAUCCCACCUGAACCUCCCUGGCACAGCUCCAGCCGCUCCCUGGGUGCUGUCCCUGUCCCGGGGAGCAGGGAUCAUUGCCUGGCAGCUCCAACCUGUGUUCCAGGUGUUUCCCAGGCUGGGGAUGUCUCUGGAGAUCACCUUCCUGGGCACGGGCGCUGCCUACCCGACCCCGGCGCGGGGCGCCUCGGCGCUGGUGCUGCGCAGGGAAGGGCAGUGCUGGCUCUUCGACUGCGGCGAGGGGACACAGACACAGCUGAUGAGGAGCCACCUGCGAGCAGCCAGAAUUACCAAGAUUUUCAUCACCCACCUUCACGGUGACCACCUCUUUGGGCUUCCCGGGCUGCUGUGCACGCUCAGCCUGCAGAGCAGGCCCAAUGCCAGCAAAGCCCCCGUUGAUAUUUACGGGCCACUGGGGCUACGGAGCUUCCUCUGGAGGAGCCUGGAGCUGUCCCACUCGCAGCUCCUCUUCCCCUACACCGUCCAUGAGCUGGUCCCCACGCCGGACCAGUGCCCCGCAGAGGAAUUCAAGGAUUUCUCUGGCUUGGACAGGGCUGAGGCGCUUCCCCAGGGCCCUCCAGGGAGAGUUCUGCACCUGGAUCCAGCAGAAGACUCCUACUUGCUGGUGGAGGACAAGUGGCUGGUUGUGAGAGCGUUCCGCCUCUUCCACCGCGUGCCCUCCUUCGGCUUCGUGCUGGAAGAGAAGCCCCGGCCUGGGAAGCUCAAUGUGCAGAAACUGAAGGACCUUGGAGUCCAGCCAGGCCCCCUGUACGGGAGGCUGAAGAGCGGGGCUGCCAUCGUGCUGGAGAGCGGAGCCACGCUGCAUCCCGCCGACGUGCUGGAGGCGCCCAUUCCGGGCAGGAAGAUCUGUGUGCUGGGCGACUGCUCGGGGCCGCUGGGGGCCGGGGCGCUGCGGCUGUGCCAGCAGGCCGACCUGCUGGUGCACGAGGCCACGCUGGGGGACAACCAGCAGGACAAGGCGUGGGAGCGCGGGCACAGCACCCCCGGCAUGGCGGCGCGGCUGGCACGGCAGUGCCGCGCCAAGAGGCUGGCGCUGACACACUUCAGCCAGCGCUACACAGCCGGCCAGGCCGAGAUGCAGCAGCUCAGGGGACAGGCCGAGGCCGUGCUGGAUGGCCAGGAGGUGACGCUGGCCAAGGACUUCAUGACCAUAGAGAUACCAAUG